AUGAACAACCUAAAAAAAUGUAAACGUUGGAUCUUAUACAAAUUUUCUCACUUCAUUCAAAUUUUUUAUUUCUUCUAUCUAUUUAGUGGUUGUCUUAUAAUAUAUUUUGAAACUCAUUUCAUAUUAAAUCAAUAUUAUAGCAUCCCAUAUAUAAGAUUUUUUUGUAUAUUCCUUUUUAUUUUUGGAAUAACAUCAUUCUUUUUAUGUUCAUUAAGUGACCCAGGAAAAAUCUCUUCGAAUUGUCUAGAUAAGCACUUGGAAUACUAUUCAUACGAUGAAAUAAUAUUUUACGCCAACACUAAAUGUAAAACGUGUAAUAUUACAAAACCUGCUAGAAGUAAACACUGUUCAUUUUGUUCUUCUUGUAUAUCCAGAUAUGACCAUCAUUGUUUCUUAUUGAAUAAUUGUAUAGGAGGUUAUAAUAAUAUGUAUUAUUUAGUUUUUCUUCAUAUACAUAUUAUUAUAACCUUUUAUUCAACAUUUAUAACUGUCUAUGCAUUAUAUAGUAUAAUAAAAUAUGAACAUCUUUUAGAAGCAACUUUUAUAAACAAAGAAACCAACGAGAUUAUACCAUUCUCCUACUUUACCAUUGUUAAUUAUCUCUUUUACAAAUGUAGUGGUACCUUCUCCCUAUUUGUCAUAUCCAUUUUUUCAUUUUUCUGUUUAUUUUCCUAUUUUUUGAAUAUUAUCUAUUUCAGUCUUUUCAUUAAUAUCACGCAAAACGAAUUAACUAAAUAUAGAAAAGUGGAAAAUAAAUCUGCUCAAAUAAAUACCGAAUUUUACAAUAAAGGGUUUAUAAAAAAUGUAGAGGACUUACUUUUUUACAAAAAAAAUAUUAAAAACUUUAUUAAUAAGAAAUUAUAA